UCUGUUUUUAGCAGCAGAAGAAUCUGGAAGGAUAUGUGGGCUUUGCAAGCCUUCCCAACCAAGUGUACAGAAAGUCUGUCAAACGGGGCUUUGAGUUCACACUGAUGGUUGUGGGGGAGUCGGGGUUGGGCAAGUCGACACUGAUCAAUUCUCUCUUCCUAACGGAUCUGUACUCUGGAGUAUACCCUGGACCUUCGCAUAGAAUCAAGAAGACUGUUCAGGUGGAGCAGUCCAAAGUGUUGAUGAAGGAGGGCGGCGUCCAGCUUCUGCUCACGAUAGUGGAUACUCCAGGAUUUGGAGACGCUGUGGACAACAGCAACUGCUGGCAGCCGGUCAUCAAUCACAUCGACAGUAAGUUUGAGGAUUAUCUGAAUGCUGAGUCUCGUGUAAACAGACGGCAGAUGCCGGACAGCAGAGUGCACUGCUGCCUGUAUUUCAUCGCACCCUCAGGUCAUGGACUGAAACCUCUGGACAUUGAGUUCAUGAAACGGUUGCAUGAGAAGGUCAACAUCAUCCCAAUGAUUGCCAAAGCAGAUACCCUUACCCCUGAAGAGUGCCAACAGUUCAAGAAACAGAUCAUGCGAGAAAUUCUGGAGCACAAGAUCAAAAUCUACGAGUUUCCGGAGAUGGAUGAUGAGGAAGAGAACAAGAUUGUGAAAACAAUCAAAGAUCGGUUGCCCCUGGCUGUGGUCGGAAGCAACACUAUCAUCGAGGUGAACGGCAAGAAGGUUAGAGGAAGGCAGUACCCAUGGGGAGUGGCAGAAGUUGAAAAUGGAGAGCACUGUGAUUUCACACUCUUAAGGAAUAUGCUCAUCAGAACCCACAUGCAGGACCUCAAGGAUGUAACAAAUAACGUCCAUUAUGAGAACUACAGAAGCAGGAAGUUGGCAGCUGUAACCUGUAAUGGAAUCGACAACAACAAAACCAAAGGCCAGCUCACCAAAAUUGACACGGUUGAUGGCAUGAGCCCCCUCGCUCAGAUGGAGGAGGAGAGACGGGAGCAUGUGUCCAAGAUGAAGAAGAUGGAAAUGGAGAUGGAGCAGGUGUUUGAGAUGAAAGUCAAGGAGAAGAUCCAAAAGCUGAAAGAUUCUGAGGCAGAGCUUCAGCGGCGUCAUGAGCAGAUGAAGAAGAACCUGGAGGCUCAGCAUAAAGAGCUGGAGGAGAGACGAAGUCAGUUUGAGGAGGAGAGAGUUAACUGGGAGACCCAGCAGCGGAUUCUGGAGCAGCAGAAAAUGACUUUGGAAAAGAACAAGAAGAAAGGGAAGAUAUUUUAAAAGCAUUUUGAAGAUGAGCAGGUUGUUCUCAUUGGCCAAUAUCUGUGUAGCCUUCGGUCAGACUCAGAACUGUCUGUGCAUUCUGGUGGAGGCGUUCAAGCUGUUCGUGGACUUCCACAAAAGAGUUUACCUUCAUGAAAUUCUAAGGCAAGCCAAACCCGUAUGAAUCUUAAAAAAAUAUAUAAAUAUAUAAUGAACUCUAUUGUCAAGACGUUUGUUAAUAACUUACCACCUCAUGUCUACAGUUCUAUACAAAGAAAUGUCUAACUGUUGAACUAUACUGUGGUGAUAAAUUGUUUACUUAUAAACCCAAUAACAUGAACCUCCAAGUGUUGUAUGAGAAAAAUGUGACUGCAUGCCCUCUUAUUUUUCCCAAAACAGAUUUAAACGUAAUGAAUCCUGUGUAACGUGGCCAAAUCAUACAACCAUAAAUGCACAACAUUUGCAAACGUAUUUUUUGUUCUCAUGGCUUAUGAUUUUGUUUUUCCUUAUUGCAGAAGUUUCCAAAAUAUAAUGUCUAUCUAGACAAUAUCCUUUGACCACCUCCAAUAACUUCAUUAAUGUUGUUUCAGUUAUGAUAUAUAUAUAUAUAUAUGUUCACCAAGACAGCUAGCGUAAUAAUUUUUAUACGUUUAUUAGAAUACUCCACAGACUGGUGUCUUAAAAUACACACAAAUAUUUUAAUCUUUUUUUUUCUUCUUUUUUUAAGAUUUACGCAUUUCAAUUUUAUAACAGAAUUCCAUCAAAUAAAAUUGUGUAAUUUUAAAAUAUUUAGUUUUUAUUUAAUGUUUUUUAUUUUUUUACUAAUUCAGUUAGAUGGAAUUUUGUUAUGAAACUGAAAUGCAUAAAUCUAAAUUUUUUGAGUGCAUAGACAACAUCAGAAAUAUUCCUCGAAUGGGUGUGCUUAUGCAAGAGUCCUAUCAACAUGUUUGUCCGUAUAAAAUGACAUGUUCUGUACAGUAUUUUCCAGCUGUUAGGACAAAAUGAGUCCAAAGCUGUUUUUUUCUUUCUAUUGUUAUGUUCUCCAUUUCUGUAUUUUUCAUUGUAUUUUUCAUUUGUAUUGUACAGUCUCUUAAUAAACUUGUGGUGAUACAAGUUGAGUGAAUCCAGAUUGCUGAAAGAUGUAUCAAAUAAUAAGGGAGACCAGGGGCAUUUUCCUUUAUAACGAACAGAGAAUGGAGCGGCCUGUGAACGUGACAUUCCAGCACACCCUCUCCAAACUUCUUCUUUGCGAUCAACCAGCAUAGAGCUCUGACUGAAAUGGGCUGGUAUCUCUACCCAACCUUCAGAUUCAUGGCCUGGCAAGCUCAAUGGUUUAUAUUCAAUGAGGAUUUGCAGGAGCAGUUGAGGCGGCCUGCCAGUGUAGUUGCUGUGUUUGAUAAUCAUCUGAUGCACGGCGAGGAGGGAGCUCAGGCAGUGGUGGAAUUCCUGGAGGUUCGAGCUACACAUACUUUCAUUCAGACUCUUAAAACUAAAGUCCUGAAUAUUAAUAUCAUAUCCUUGAAAUCACUGACGUAACUUGGAACUUGCGGGCCCCAGUGCAAUGAAAUUGUCAGGCCUCCUCCUUGGGGGGGCAUUGGUUUAUUUUUCAUCACCCCUCGGGCCUGCAGCCAUUUUUAUGGUUUCUUAUGGUCGACCGUUGCGGGCCCCUCUCACCCCGGGCCCUAGGGCGUCUUCCCACCCUGCCCUCCCUCUAGUUACGCCCCUGCUUGAAAUAUCAUAUUGUAAAAAGUGUUUUUGUAAAAAAAAAAUUUCAUGAUUUAGUUUUUCAUUACCAUUUUCAAUAAGAGUUAGCCAUAUCUGGUGACAUGAGCGACAGCGACCAUUUACGAUGCAAUGUAGGCAUGUCCAGUGAUGCGACAAAGUUUAGAAAAGUUGAACUUUAUGCAGAUAGAGCUGUUCAGUUUGUAGUCCACAAACCCGGAAGAGAAUUCGCCAUGGGUUCCCUCUGGAUUGUUCUAUGGGGUUUUAUAUUUGGAGUUUUGGAUUUAUGAGUAAAAUAAGGUCUGUGGUAAGUCAAGUCAACUUUAUUUAUAAAGCACAUUUAAAAACAACAAAAAGUUGAAACAAAGUGCUGUACAAUUAGAUAUAAAAGUGUAAUAGAGUACACAAAUAUAUAAAACUAAUCAAACUAUAUCAAAACAAACAGAACUAAACACGAAUAAACAACAUGUAACCUUGACCUUAAUUAGUAUAAAAAAAUACAGAGUAAAGCCAUGUGAAGGGAGAUUGUUCCAGAGUUUGGGGGUGACAACAGAGAAGGCUCGAUCUCCCUUAGACUUGCAAUGACAGCAGAAAACUGAUAAAAGUUGCUUACAAGAUCUAAGCUUUCUAGGAGGAGAAUAUGGGUGUAGAAGGUCAGUAAUAUAUUGAGGAGCAAGACCAGUCAGGGCCUUGUGCACAUAGAUAAGAAUUUUAAAAAUCAGUUCUAGCCUUGACAGGAAGCCAAUGAAGAGCAGCCAAUACAGGGGUAAUAUGAUCCCUUUUUUUAGUCCCAGUCAAAAAUUGAGCUGCAGCAUUUUUUUCUCCUCUCCUUCACACCCCAAUUUGGUAUGCCCAAUUCCCAAUGCGCUCUAGGUCCUCGUGGUGCAGUGGCGAUUUUAGGGGGUGGCCUGUGGUGGCCUGGGCCACCCCUGAAAUCUCAUUGGCCACUCUGUGGCCACCCCAGAACUGAUUGGUAGUUCAUCUUGUUCAUCAACAGAAGAACGAAGAACCGAUAGAAACACCUGUCAAUCAAAGAUGACAUCUCAGGUCAUUUGUUGAUUUAGAGCCACACUGACCCAGGGUCAGUUUUAUAUUUCUGACCAUUUUAGUAGUGAUAGAACUGAAGCUGCGUGAGCUGAUCUUUGAUCAGUGGGGGGAGGGGCAGGCCGCGGGUGGCCAGGCAGGUGCCGCAGGUCGCUGGCAGCGGGCGCCAGGUCUGGAGUAUAAUGGUCGGUCAGAAGCACGAAGCUGACACGAGCUAACGUCUACCUCAACUUCCAAUGAGUUGACGACGUCGAUUUGUGGUCAAAAAGAAAGCUGUUAUCUGAGAGGUAUGUUCAUCUAAUCUAACGUUUAAUUUAUCCCGAAUUUCCAUGUGAAUGUGAAAACAUUUUUUCAUUGUUACAGUAGCUAGGUUAAAGAGUAAGCUAGACCCUACACCACAUUCAGCAUGUUAUCUUUAUAUUGACAUGAAAUAUGAAAUGCCAUGUUUUCUGAUUUAAUGAUGGAGGUGUGUAAAGCGUUUUACAGAUGUAUAUGUUCAAUAGCUAAAGUUAUAUAUAUGGUUAACCUGUGUGUGAAAUGGAAGGGUUUGUGCUGUGACUGUACUUUAAAUCUUUACAUGAGUUAUUUAUGAUCUCUUUAUGUGUAUUAUUGGUCAGUCAGACCAAUAAAAUCUUCUAAGUUUUUAUACCUUAUUUGACAUUUUAAAUAUGCAGAGGCAAGGCAAAUUGCACUUAAAUGCCGCAAAUGAUUUGACUAACUAUUUUAUUUGGUAAUAUUCAAAGUAAUUGAAGCUAUCAGAACAUGUGGAAAAUAAACCUGAGUAGACACUGUAAAUAGAGAUUUGUUUUUUACUGUAUUCAGAGCUCAAUCUGCAAUUUUGGGGUUUCCAGACAGACACCUAUAAGCCCUCGUAGCCAAUUUCACACACUGAUUUGUACCCAAUUUAACAAUAUUUCUGCUGGACAGUGCAGUUAUAGCUAAUAAAUGAAUGAAUAAUUGAUUGAAUGAUUGAUUGAAUUGCGCCUCAAUCAGUUAUCACCUGUACUUGUAUCUUUUUAUGAUUAUACACUAUACCUGAUGUUAUACGCAGAUUAAUUCUCUACAAUGAGAAAUAGCUCUUAAAAAUGUGUAACUGACUUUUCCUAAACAAUUACUGAUUUAAAAAUGGAUGUUAUGUUAAAAUAGCCAGAGAUUCCCAGAAACUGUAACAGGUUGAAAUAGAACAGGAGUAGAAAACUGUCAAAUGUCAAAACAACAGUCUGAUAUUGAAUACAAACAAUUCAGUGAAUGCUAACAUGAGUUUAAGAAUUCAUUUAUUCUACAUGUGUAGAUGUUGAAGCAAAGCAAUGCGAUAUUUACACAUUUUGAUCAUGUGCCAUUCAUAAAGGUUCUCCUGGUAUCGCCACCCCACACUAGGUCUGUGCCCCAUCUUGGCCACCCCAGUAAAAAUGUCCUGGAUACGCCACUGUCGUGGUGGCAUAGUGACUCGCCUCAAUCUGGGUGGCGGAGGACGAACCUCAGUUGCCUCCGCUUCUGAGACAGUCAAUCCGCGCAUCUUAUCACAUGGCUUGUUAGCGCGUUACCGCGGAGACCUAGCGCGUGUGGAGCCUCACGCUGUUCUCCGCGGCAUCCAUGCACAAUUCACCACGCACCCCACCGAGAGCGAGAACCACAUUAUAGCGACCACGAGGAGGUUAACCCAAUGUGACUCUACCCAUCCUAGCAACCGGGCCAGUUGGUUGCUUAGGAAGCCUGACUGGAGUCACUCAGCACGCCCUGGAUUUGAACUUGCGAUUCCAGGUGUUGUAGUCAGCGUCUUUACUUCCUGAGCUACCCAGGCCCCCCAAGCUGCGGCAUUUUGAACCAUCUGUAAACGAGAUAAAGCAGACUGAGGCAGACCAGCAUACAGAGAGUUACAAUAAUCCAGCUGUGAAGUAAUAAGAGCAUGGAUCACAGUUUCAAGGUCUUUAGCAGAAAGAAAAUGCUUUAAUUUAGCAAUAGACCUCAAUUGAAAGAAACUUCCCUUUAUAACGGCACUAAUCUGUUUGUCAAACAGUAAUGAUUUGUCAAAAAUGACCUGAAGAUUUUUGACAUGCACAUGUGUAUUGGAGGAGAGCAAACCUAACUGGGCUUCAGUGACAGAUGAAGUCCUGGCAGAGUUUAAAAUCAGUACUUCAGUUUUGCUUUCGUUUAAUUGAAAAAAAAAUAUUUGCUAUCCAGCCUUUAAUUUCUUCAAAACACAUAAGAAGAGAAUCAACAGAGCAGCUGCUAUCAGGCCUAACUGGUAAAUAAAAUUGUGAGUCGUAGGGGAGCGCAGGAGAAGCAUAUAGAGAGUGAACAAUAAUGGUCCCAGAAUAGAACCCUGGGGUACACCGCAAGAUAGGGGGGCUGUUGUAGAGGAAAAUUAUGUAUAUUUACGGAGAAAGUCCUCUCUCUCAGAUAGGAGGCAAACCACUGCAGAGCCAGACCCUCCACUCCAACCGAUUUAAAAAUAUUUUGUGAUCAAUUGUGUCAAAUGCUGUGGUAAACAUCAAAAUUCUUCAAAAUUCACAUUUGAGGUAUGAAAGAGUGUAAUAUAUGUUGUAGAACAAAACAUUCACGUAUCGUGAAGUAAUGUUUACCACAGAUCUUAUUUUACUUAGUUGAAAAACCCCAUUAUAAAACCCCAUGGGAAAAUCCAGAGGGAACCCACGGCGAAUUAGUCUUCCGGGUUCGCCUACAAAUUGACGUCACGGCUGUGAUGCGGCGACUACUACACGUCUCCUUUGAGAUACUGUAGUUUUCAGAUACCGAAGUUCAUAUUACUGUGAGCGAUAUUAUUGUUCUUUAUGAAUUAUUCCUGCCCGCAUGCAGGAAUAUAAAAAAUGCAUGGAAAAUGUGAUAAAUAACUGCCAUUCUAAUUGAGGUUGUCAUGGAUUUAUAAUUGUUCAUCUUGUUCAGGAUGAUACCAUGCAUUAUGCUCUUUUGCAAUUUUUAUACAAUUAUAUUUUCUCUUACAGAAUGUGGAUUUUUUGUGGCAAGAAAACGGAUUUCUUGUCAAAUAAGAAUGGCCAAUAUUAAUAACCAUAGUUUUAAUAAUAACUGUCCCAUUUGCAUUGUUGGGGUGUAACGGAAUACGGUAUUACGUAUUUAAAAUACAAAAUAUUAGUAACUGUAUUCCACUACAAUUUAAAUAAUUGGUAAUUAGAAUACAGUUACAUUCAAAAAGUAUUUUGAUUACUGAAGAGAUUACUUUGCAUUUUAUUGUCAUUUGUUUCAUUUAAUAUUUAGUCCUUUCAGUUGGAAAACAUUUAUCCUAUAAAUUAUGCGAUUCAAAGAGCCUUUGAACAGCGGUGAAACACUUUCUUAAGAUGUGUUACAUUCAAACAAGCAGACAGAUAAGUAAGUCUGAAGUAUGUUUGGAGCAGCAGAAAUAUAAAUAAACAUUGUGUAAAUUGUCACGUGAAUAUUUAGCUUUAUGCUAAGCAAAAAUGCCAUUUUACAUAACCUGUUGCCAGACACGAUCAUAUAUUUUUAUCAAGAAAAUCCACAUUAGAACAUUAAUUCUUAAUUCUCUUGUAAGACCUUUGAUAUUAGGGCAAACAUCUUGUGCUUGAUCAGAAUUUUUGUAUUGUUUUUCUGUAAAAAUAUCUCUAUUUUUCAGAGAAUGUAUUUUUAACGUUUUUUUUUCUUACUGUACAGACAGAUUUUUUUUAAAGUCAAAACAACUGAAAAAAAAAUCUACCGGUGCUGAAGAAGUAAUCCAAAGUAUUUAGAUUACAUUACUGACCUUGAGUAAUCUAAUGGAAUAUGUUACUAAUUACAUUUUACACCAUGUAUUCUGUAACCUGUAGUGGAAUACAUUUUAUAAGUAACCUCCCAACCCUGCCCAUUUGUGAUCAGAACUCAAACUGAAAUGAUCAGGGACCUUGUUGAAUAAAAUAAACUUCAGUCUGACUCUUUUAUUUCAAUAGAUCAAGGAAAGUUUGGUCUUUUCCAUCAUAUGAUCACUUCAAAACACCACAUAAUGCAUUUAACAAAUGUGGUGCUGCAAACUUUCCUAAAUCCCACAAAGCAUUUCAUAAGGACCUCAGGAUUUCUGUGCCAUGUUGUUUCUGGAUUUAGACAUGUUGGAUUAUGAUGUUCUGGAGUUGGACGCUUCCUUGUUGUGUCCCGGCCGCAGGGACGAGACAUGUGCUCACUGGGAUUACACUGUACAGCCGUUUGUAUACUACUCCAAACUUUUUGUUGUGAUGUAUCUUUUUAUACCAGAGGCACAGGUCAUUGGCUGACGGAUGUGUCCCCUUUGAUCCCUCUGCUAAAUAACGCAAGGUGUACCUUCAUCAUGAAGACUGUACCGUGGGCAAUGCCACUGGAUGACAUCUCUCAAUCUAUGCUUCAGUCACAGCAACCAAACAGGUCAGAAUUUUUACCACAGAUCAGAUAAGAUGAUUUUUAGUGAAUGUAUGAAGUUUUAUACAGGUGUCUUCGCAGAGUAACCACAGGUGUAGUUCAUCACAUUAUCUAAUUUUACCUGAUGUUUUGCAUGAUAAGUGCGCUUGUUGUCUUUCUUUAAAAUAAAUAGAGAGGUUCCAUUUUCAGUUUGGAUUCCACCUCUAAAAGGGAUUCAACAUGACUGGCAUCAACGUUGCCGAAUACAAUGAGCUCAAUGAAGUGAAGUGUAAGCUCCAGUGUUACCUCUGGCGCUGGUCCAAACAAUUUCAACUUCGACCCCAUUGCUGCUGACCUUUCGAAGGCGGCCAAUGAGUACCGGGCAAUUAACAUAUAUGCAAAGUCCAUCUUUGCAAUGACAGGUGGAACUUGAAGGAAUAUCCCGGAUCAAUACAAGUUAAUCGGCAUCCACACACAACUCACCACACGCUACACUGAGAGCGAGAACCACAUUAUAGUGACCACGAGGAGGUUACCCCAUGUGACUCUACCCUCCCUAGCAACCGGGCCAAUUUGGUUGCUUAGGAGACCUGACUGGAGUCACUCAGCACACCCUGGAUUCGAACUCAUGACUCCAGGGGUGGUAGUCAUUGUCUUUACUUGCUGAGCUACGCAAGCCCCCCUUGUGGAUAUACUUUUGAAACAGUGAGUAUUUUAACAUUAACAUUUUUUUACGAGCAUCCAUUAUUUUAACAUUUAAAUUCUACAAGAAUAUCCUAAGACCUUAACUUAAACGUGUCUUCUUAUUAUUUUCUGCAAUGAAUGUAUCAAAGCAAUUGACAGGACUUUUUUCUCUUCUCCAAAUACACAUUUUCAGUGUUUACUGUGCACACCUCAUGCUUUCUUUCCUAGCAAACUUGUAAAAUUGCCCUUCCGUGACACUAUCUGCAGCCCUUGUCAUGUAGAGAACAAAAUGUCUCUUGGCGCUGGCUUUGAGCAUUGUGUUGACACCCCGACGUGAGUCAUGUGGAAGCUCCUUUACUCUGGAAAGAACAUCUCAGAGAAUGAUUUCACAGCUGUACAUUUUUAUGGGGUGUUUUUCAGUUAUUUCUCACCCACAUGUUCCAUUAGGUGUUCCUCAGAGGAACAAUGUGAGAUGUCUCCGUAUGUUGUGAAGGAAAGUGGAAACUCUGUGUUCUGAGUAACUCUGCAGGAACGUGCACCAGAAUGGGUGGAAAUUGCUCUUCUGGGAUGAUUCCACUUCCCUGAAACUUACAGAGAACCUCAAGUGCUUUAACCUGUUCACAAAGUACAAGAUGUUACUGGCUGUGUCCAAAACCUGGUAGCUGCUUUUGGUUUCACAGCAUCUGAAACUAGCCUCCCACCUUAAAUAUUUAUUUUUACAAGUCGCUUAUAUAAUAACUUGCUCAAUUAAUUUACAAUGUGCAUACAGUAAACUGUAAUUGCACCAUUCUUUAAAAAAAAAAAAAAAAGUAUGCAGCAUGCCUUUUCUCCCAAUUCCCACUACUUAGUAGGUCCUCGUGGUGACGCGGUUACCUCAAUCCGGGUGGUGGAGGACAAGUCUCAGUUGCCUCCGCUUCUGAGACCGUCAAUCCACGCAUUUGAUCACGUGGCUCGUCGUGCAUGACACCGUGGAGACUCUACAUGUGGAGGCUCAUGCUACUCUCCGCGAUCCACUCACAACUUUCCACGUGCCCCAUUGAGAGCGAGAACCACUAAUCGCGACCACGAGGAGGUUACCCCAUGUGACUCUACCCUCCCUAGCAACCGGGUCAAUUUGGUUACUUAGGAGACCUGGCUAGAGUCACUCAACAUGCCCUGGAUUCGAACUCCUGACUCCAGGGGUGGUAGUCAGCGUCAGUACUCGCUGAGCUACCCAGGCCCCAAUUGCACCAUUCUUGAAGUUACAAUAGGCUUGACUGUUUGUCUUUUUCUGACAUGUGUCAAGUCAAGUCCAGUUUCUAAAGUAAUAAAUCAAAUCAAAUAGUUCUGUCUUAUUUAUAUUGACACCUUAUUGUCUUAGGAAACAGCUCAGAUAGACUGUACCCUUUCAAGGUUACUUCACUCUUCAAUGGGGGGAUGUUCGACAAGGACUAUAACUUCCAGCUUCAACUAAGAAGGAUCAGCGCUAGACUGUGCCACGCGGGUUCCUGAAGGUGCAGUGCCAAAUGAACACGGCACCUGGUUAUAUGGCCGAGGAAGCUGGUGUGAUGGACUGCAGGUGGAUCCGUGGAGGACCGACAUCACCUCCCAGGUCCAAUACAUUGCAGUGAACAUCUGGACAUGGGUGGAACCAGUUCUAUCCUUUACUUUGGGAUGCAAUCCAAAUCCAAAGACUAACCCAGGGUACACUAUAAUGUACUCCUAUCUUGUGUUCUAUAAAUGAUUUUACAAAUGGAAAAAUAAUAUAUAUAUUAAUAUUAAUAAUGUAUAUUAUAUAUACACAUAUAUAUUAAUAAAAUUACAUCUUUGGCAGCA